UAAAAAGAAAAAAAAAAGGGUCCAUUGGCAUUUUGGGCGGAGGCCAUCAGUUUUUCAUUUCUUUUUUCUUUUCUCUUUUUUUCAUUUCCCGAAUUUUGGAAUCCACAAAGGACGAAAAUGGUAUUUUGAGGAGUUUGUUUCUCUGCUCCAAAGCCUUUCUGCACCGUGACCGCCCUUAUCGUCGGCAUCGGCUACACUCUUCGCUUUCCGAAUCAAUUCUCCGGGCCAAUAAGUACAGCGUUUUCGAAAACUUUUCUUUGUGCUCAGCUCACAAUUCAGAUCCAUCAUGCCGACCGCUGGUCCUCGAUCUGGUGAUGCAAUCUUCGCUAGUGUUGAGCGAGUGAAUGCGGAGCUGUUUACCUUGACUUAUGGAGCGACUGUCCGUCAAUUGCUUACGGAUCUAGAGGAGGUUGAGGAGGUUAACAAGCAGCUCGAUCAGAUGGGUUAUAAUAUUGGAAUCAGGCUGAUUGAUGAAUUUCUAGCAAAAUCUAAUAUCUCUAGAUGUGUGGACUUCAAAGAGACAGCUGAUGUGAUUGCAAAGGUUGGUUUAAAGAUGUUUUUGGGAGUGAAUGCAACGGUGACCAACUGGGAUGCUGAAGGCACAUGCUGCAGCAUUGUUCUGGAGGACAAUCCAUUAGUAGACUUCGUUGAGCUUCCUGAUACUUGCCAAGGUCUCCAUUACUGCAACAUUUUAAGUGGAGUAAUUAGAGGAGCACUUGAGAUGGUGUCAAUGAAAACAGAAGUAACAUGGCUACGGGACAUGCUGAGAGGAGACGACAGCUUUGAAUUGCAAGUAAAAUUGCUGAAGCAAGUCCCUGAAGAAUACCCUUAUAAAGACGAUGAAUGAAAUCACCCACCAAAGUCACUCUUAGUUUCACGUCAUUUCCUCCUGUUCUUUCUUUCUCUUUUCUUUUCUUUUCUUUUUUUUUUUUUUUGUUCUGUUCAUUUGCUCCAGAAAGAGAUAGUGACGUUUCUAAUUCCUUCAACCAUCUAACAUCGUAAUCAAAGUUAUAUUAUAUAUAACAUGUUUUCUA